AUGGACGAUGCUGCCACCGAUGCUGGAAAAAGCAUUCACGAAGCCCGACAAAGUUUCACCAGUUACGAGGCUGAGAUGUCUUUCCUACGCCGACCUAACGGAACAGUUACUACAUCUCGAAGGGCAAUUGAGAAUGUUGUCUACGACUUCUACUCAGAUCUCUUCGAAAGCCUCGUCUACCUACCUACUCAUCAUCUUAGGCAAGACGAAUAUAUCGCUCCUUCGAUUCUGUCUUCAAAAAUUUGGCAUGCCAUCACGUCAAUAAUCAAUUGUACGGCGCUCGAUCAAACCAGAACAUCUGAAGAAUCUUUCACUCUUUAUCGUUUGAACUCUGGCCAGGCUGUUCACGUGGUACCUGUCGGAAUGCAAAGUGCCCACGUCGUGAAAAGCUAG